AUGUCCGCCAAAAAGGUCACGAUAGCGGAGCUAAAAGCACUCCUCGCGCGUAUUGGUAGCCCGGCGAGUGGUACGAGACCGGUGCUCCAAGCACGGCUGGCCCAGGACCUCAAAACGCCUCGCCUGCCCAUCGCCACGGAUAAUAUGAUUGAUUUUCUAGCUUUAGAAGGCACCCCCAACUCAUUAACAAAGAGAAAAGGAAGGACCAGGAUUCUCAGUGUCGACAUGGGCAUUAAAAAUCUCGCCUUCUGCGUCGCAGAUGUCAGGCUAGAGGUCAAACCUACGAUCAGGAAAGAAACCCCGAAAGGCCACAUGAGCACCAUCGCUUGGCGCCGCAUAGACGUCGCAUGGGAAACCGCAAAGAAAAGUUCGGAUCCCGUACCGAGAGACUCGGAUGGCGAAGAUGCUCCAGAUGAUCCUUUCCAUCCCCGCAACUUGGCUGCUACUGCAUACGCUCUUCUCACUCGCAUUCUGCUGCCGUAUGAGCCGGAUAUAAUUCUCAUCGAGCGGCAGAGGUACCGCUCUGGCGGUGGUGCCGCAAUCCAAGAGUGGACUGUGCGGGUCAAUAUGCUAGAGGGUAUGCUGUGGGCUAUACUCGAAAGCCUGCGCCAAACAGCCUCUCAUCCAAAAUCAACGAAGAAGGAA